AUGAAAAAAGUGGAAAAUAGUAAAAGUAAAAAAAAAAUAGUGAAAGUAAUUGAUUUAUUGCAGAUUCGUGGUGUUCCAUUUUAUAAGGCAUUUUCGGAUAUAGCAAUUUUUGAAGUGGAACCGCUAGAUAAAUUAAUCCGAAAAUUAAAUGAAGAAAAUGAACAUGAUAAGGAAGAGGUAAAUCUUGAUUUAGCAUGCAUAUCAGAAUCAAUAAUUCGAAAUGAAGGAGCUAUUUAUAUUAUUGCUUCAUAUGGACGUAAAAAAAAUUUAAUGCAUCACAAAGACAGUAAUCCAAUUAAUGUUAAAUUAAAUCUUCUACUGGAAAAUAAUGUUUACAUUGAUGAAUGUCCACCAAGUAUUCCAUUAUCAGCUUGCGAACGCAUUAUGAUAAUUGAAAGUGAACAAACUGCUACUGAAGGUGAUGGUGGUGCAGCAGUUAUGAGAAAGCAGCGUAACCUUCCAGUACUGAUAGGUAUUCUUUCAUUUCGACAACAUAUUGGACGAGCUUAUACAAAGUUUAUGUUUGCAACACGUAUUAGUGAAUUUCAUGAUUUUUUUUGCUAUUAUAUUGGUAUUUGCAUAUAUGAAGAAUUCAUUGAUAAUGAAUAUUGGAAACAUCCUGAUGAUGUAAUCAUUAUCACUGAGAAGGCUAAAAAUGAUAUAUAUGGUAUGUAUCAUAAAAGGAGCAAUGAUAUCUUAUCUUUAUUAAUUCAUCUAUUUAUUUCGUAUGAAUAUUUUAGAUAA